AUGUCAAACCAACCGCGGAAACGGUCAAGGAAGAAGUACUUGGAGCCUAAUGAAGCUUUCAUCGUUCCGUCGUCAACAAGGCAUUUCCGAAGUAGGCUGGCCCGUACACCUGACGAGACUGCGGAAGAGCAUCAAGCCUCAACUACAGAUUCCGAAACCGAGAGCACAAUAAAUCUGACUGGUGCAGUAGCUGCAGAAGCAACGGAAAACGGUGCAGGUUCGUCUGAAGGUGGACCCCAGUUCGGCGAGGUAGGCAGCAACGACACGCAGCCUGACAACUGGGACGAUGGCCUGCUCGACGACACACUUCAGGAAGACUCCACUGUCGAUGCCGCGGAGAUUGUGGCCUGCUGCUUCGAAAGCUUGCAGCAUGCGAUUCUGCCGAUAUCUAACAUCAGCAAGGCAGAGGUUCUAGCCAUGGUGAUGACUUUUGUGACGUCCGAGAACCUGACGUGGAGCGGCUUAGAUAAGCUGCUCGUAAUGAUCAACCGUAUAUGCGGAAUGGAGGUGCUGCCCCGAACGAAGUACCUGUUCCGGAAGCUGUUGGCCUCUAAACUGAAGCGUUCAACAGACUACUACUACUGUGAGUUUUGCGCAGGCUUCCUUCCGACACCGGAGGAUGGUACUUCCACGAUUAUCUGCACAACGUGCCAGAAGUGUACCACAAUCUCGGAGCUUCGCAGUAAAGGGAACUUCUUUACAAUCCUCGACGUGUCGGAUCAAGUGCGUCAAGUCGUCAGCAAGACGUCAGAUGAGCUGUACAGAAACUUGGAGAGGCUGAACAGCAAUCCCGAAGACACGAUGUCGGACAUAACCGAUGGGAGUGUUUACAAAAAAAUGAAAGCCAGUGGAGCAUUGCAGUGGGGAGACUUGACAAUGACGUUCAAUACAGAUGGAAGCCCUAUUUUCAAGUCUUCAAAGGCCUCUGUCUGGCCACUGCAGUUUGUCAUCAACGAAGUGCCUGCUCCGGACCGUUUCUCAGCCAGUGGUGUCGCUGGCAUCUGGUUC